AUGUUUUAUUAAUUUUUCUAAUCCAAAAACAAUCCAUCACUCUCUCGUUUAAGUGCCAUUAGAACAACUGAAAGAACCUAUGAUGCAUUACAAGUAUCUGCUAAUGUUUGUAACAAUCACGAAAGAAUUGUGACAGAACCAUCCACAAAUGAUUGCUACUUGGUAAAAAAAUAAACAUUUGGUUCGAGACAUCAAAAGAAUAAACUCAAUAUUCUUAUAAACAAUAUUCAAAAUACAUUUAAAGAAGAAAUCGAGAAAAUCAAAGAAGAAGCCAAAUUAAAAUUGGUGGAUCCAUAAAUACAUAUUUAAGAUAUCCUCUCAAAUAGCAAAGAAGACGUCGAACUUUUAAUCUACAAAUUAAAAAAGAUAUUGAUUAACAAAUCCAAGCGAUCUUAUUGUGUUGACAUUAUUUAAGAAAUCAAUCAUUUCAUAACCAAAUUAAAAAAUCUAGAUAUCAAAAUCCUUGUCACUCUCACACUUGCUAAAAUUGCCAAAUAUUAUAAUCUCUUGUAUUACUCUAUUUCCCUUGCUAAAAAUGCCAAAAGAUUGUCAGACUCAGAAGCACUACUCAAAUACAAACUUAAAGCAUACAGCAUUUUAUCGUAAUGUUUUCUUAAGCUAAGACUUAAAUAAGCCAAAAUAUAUAUCACCAAAUAUUUGAUGUGCAGUUGGAAACUAAAAUUAGUCAAUUCUGAAUUCAAAGGCUAUGAAUAAUUAGGGAAGUAUUAUUAUUAUGAAGGCAACAUCAAAAUGGCUUAAUUGUUCCAUGACAGAAUGCUAAAUGGCGAAUCUUUGAAAUUUGAUUCCUCUCUGAAAAGGCUAGCGAUUUCUAAAUUUGAGUAAGGAUCGAUAGGAAAGAGUAAGAAGGAUAACCACAUUAUUGAUGAAAAUAAUUUAGAUAUUUCCUCAGACGACGAACCUUUUGAAAUAAUCUUUAAUUAAGAUUCAAAUGAUGUUAAAAUAAAUACAAAUAAAAUAGUGGCCUCUUAUAGAAAAAAAAAUAGACUACUAAACUUUUCGAUAAGACAAUAGCCUUUAUAUAACAAAACAACUAUCAAAAAAGCUUAGCAAGAAGUCAAAAAUGCUAAUCUUUUUAUUAGUGAUAGAUCUCCCAAGUAAUAGAAUGUAAAUUCGUUGUUUACAGAAUAAGGUAAUUUGGACUUAUAAAAACUCAAAAGCCUCCCUCAUUCUCAUCUUAGAUUAGGAGAACUUAAAACUCCUGUAAUGUUAAAUCAUCUAAGUCCAAAUAGAUGUUUAGUCAAUUACCAAUCAUUAGAAUUGAAUAAAUCACCUCAAUCUAAUAGGAAGGCAGAAGAAGUUGAUCUGCUUUUUGAUGUCGGUGAUGUUCAUAAGAUGUCCAAAAUCCUUAACAAAAUAAUCACUAUUCUUACUAAAAUAGAUGAAUGGCUUUAAACGCAGAAUGAAUUAAUAUGA